UACACCUCUUGGUAUAUGAAAGAACGUAUGGAGUUAACAUCAAAUGACCAGCUACACAAAAUAAUGGAUGUUGUGAAAGACAGAGGGAGACUUGUGAGUUGAACAGCAGUGUUGCUAGGCGAUGGCGCAGCGGAGAGGGAAAGGGGGCUGGAGGAGAGGGUGGGAUGAGGGAGAGAGCUACUUCCUGAUUCUAUGACUCAUCAGCAGUUCAUUGUGACGGUGUGUGUGUGUCAGCCAUCAUGCUGUGUUUGGCCAGGUAGACUACAGUACAUCUGGCCUGUGAUGGCUGCCAGUGGCCAACUGACCCUGGCUGUGUUGAUUCUCCCUGGUGGUGGUGGAUGGGGUUUCCCAUCUGUUCUUGUAACCAGGUCCAAAACUGUACUGUCUGAGGUUUUCAGAAAUAGUCCACAACAUUAACAGUAUCUGAUUAUUCUCUUGGAACAACCCUUACAGUACAAACCAAUAAUGGAUUUCAGUAACAUUCCAGGCAUCAAAGAGGAUGAAAGAUACAUGUAUUUCUGGAUAUUUAAUGAUGAUGCUAUACAUUGUAUUGUUGUGUAUAAUUAAGCCUAAUCUUAAGAGCAUAACUCUCAAAAUAAUGAACACAAUAAUUACUUUAAUCUCAACAUCAUUCUAUUUCGGAUUAAAUAUUUUAAUAAAACGAUAAGCCUCAGUACAUUAGCACAGCCAUAAUAUAUUUGGGAUCAAUAUCCCUGCUCAAUAAUCAUGCUUUAGAAUUUCGUUUUACAAUCUGUGGAUAUGGCUUGUUCCUAUGAUAUGACCAGCAGUAAAGGCCAUUUGGUUUGUGUUAAGCGCCCCCCAGCGUUGAAGAAGAGUCAAGACACCCAGAAUAGCAUCAUAACAAAUACACUGCCAAGAAAAUACUCUUAUUGAAAAGCCACUCUACAAGACAUCUUUCUUGGCAAGAGCUCUCAAAUUGACACUAUCACUAAAUACAUAAAUAAGGCUUUAGUAGUAUGCCAAUUUGUUGUUUAUUACUUAUGAUUUGAUGAUGCACUGUCCAUCUAGUUAGGCUGAUCAUUUCUUUCACGUAUUUUAUAGUGUGAUGUCACACUUUAUGCAUGUUUCUGCAUAUGUACCAAGAUGUUCAAAUAAACCUAACAUCAAUUUGACAAGCUUAGCAUAAUUUAGUGAGGACACAACCUCCAGUGAAGUACAGUAAAGUAUUAAGGAUCCAAUAAAAUAUCAUUAGUAGCAUGCAAGUUAAACAUUUUCUCCAAGUAGAAGAUUUAAUAAAGUCAAGGAAAAACACAUUCAGAUGGUCAGUCUUAAGCUGACCUGAUGAAAGGCUUGCUUCUAUGUGUUGACAGCUAGUCCUAUACUGUUAUAAAUUGUCUUCGAAUACCAACUAAAAAUAACGAGGCAACUCUUUCCUUGACAGGAUGGUGGGUGUCUGAUACAAACCACACACUGAAGAAGAGCACAAUGCAUACACUGACAGUUUCCUGUGUGCCUUCACACAGCACCGAGCAGCGCCCACUAAACUACCCAGAGCUAACGAAGAUAUUUUCCAACCCCUGUGAUGACGACAGCUCAUAUAUGAAGGGGGAAAAACAGACAAUGUGUUUGAUUAGUGUUCACGUGAAGUAGCCUACUGUGUUACAAUUUGUUGACUUUUUUUAAAGAGUGUUCUUCAGAAACUUUGUUGCAUCAUUAGCAAGGGAAAGCAUAAAUCUAUUAUCCCACUGGUUCUGUCACCUACACGCUCCUUUUGAUAAUCAAACCAGACCUGAAACAAUGAAUACAUCUGUUGGCGAUAUAACUGACAACUGUAGUACCCCAAGAGACUACCAGUUCUACCUCUUCCCAGCAGUCUACAGUCUGGUGAUGGCAGUGGGCCUGCCAGGCAACGUGGGAGCCCUCUACGUGUUCAUCUUCAAGACAACUCCCCGCACAUCCUCUAACGUGUACGUCAUUAACCUGGCAAUCGCCGACACCACCUUCCUCUGCACCCUGCCCUUCAAAAUCCACUACCACCGCAACAGCAACGACUGGGUAUUCGGAGACGUGGCCUGCCGCAUCACAGGAACACUGUUCUUCGCCAACAUCUACAUCAGCAUCGCCUUCAUGACCUGUAUCUGUGUGGAUCGAUAUGUGGCCGUCGCCUAUCCUCACACUUAUCUGAGGCUCCGGAACUCGCGUUGCACUGUACUGGUGAGUGUGGCAGUGUGGGUGGUGGGGGUGGCGGCUGUUCUGGCCUUCAUCCUAGUGGGACCUCUGGAAAGCCAGCACCGUAGCUGCUUCGAGAACUUCUCCCGGCACGAGUGGGACAGGCGUCUGCUGCCGUAUAGCUUAUUCAGUCUCGUCGUCAGCUCGCUACUGCCCUCUGUGGUCAUCCUGGUGUGUUACCCUCUGGUGGCGCGGCGCAUCGCUCUCAUCCGGACCAACACAGCCCGCGGAGCCCUGAGGGUCAUCUACACCAUCCUGGUUAUCACCCUGAUCUGCUUCCUGCCCUACCAUGUGGUUCACUUCCUGCAUCUGCUCCGCCGUCUAGGGGUCAUCCAGCACUGUCCCUAUGCAAACGCCAUCUACAAUGCCCGGCGGGUGACCCUGGCCCUCGUCAGCCUCAAUAGCUGUCUGGAUCCCCUGCUCUACUACUUCACCACCAGUCACUGUAAGUGGAGUCCCUCAAAGGCCAGGUUCAGAUGGCUGUGGGCCAGGAGGACCAUGGGAGUCUACACCAUCAACGUGAGACCGUGAGGCUUUUGCUUAAGUGUGCUCUGACUGCUGAUGAAACAAACUCUGAAGGCUCGUGGUGAAGCAUUGUUUUCCUUAUAGUGUACUGUAAACCACCAAUUAUAUUGCAUAUAUUUAGACCAUGUAAAUAUUGCGUUUACAUAUUCCCUUAUGUUCAUCACUUUAAAGGCCCAGUGCACUUAAAAACACAUGCUUUUCCUGUGAUAUAUAUACAGUGGGGAAAAAAGUAUUUGAUCCCCUGCUGAUUUUUUAUG